AGGUGACUGAGCUGACACAAAUUUCUUUGGAUUCUUUAUGAAAAUGAAUAAAGUAGAGUUGGGGUGGAAUAUAUGACAAUUUCUUAAUUUAUUUUCUUGAGACACUUGCGACUUAGCGCUUGAUGGCUUGGAAAGAUUAAACGAUGAUCCAUAUGCUUUUUCAACCUCGGAUGAAGGGUUUGUUCAGCUGCAGAUUGAGGAGUUGAAAAAGAAAUUAAAAUUUAAAAGGAUUGACUAUCAUAAUGACGAAAUUAAUGCCAUGUUUUCUCAACUGGAAGGAUCCCUUAAUGAGGUUGAGUCUGACAAUGGCAAAUCAAGUGCUUUUGAAAUAUCUCCAAAUGAAAAAGGCAAAGAGAAUGACGUGCGAAAGAGGAGACUAUGUUUGAAGAGAAAGAAGACUUUAAAGGUUUCAUCUUCCGACAGUUCAGUCGAUGCUUACCAGGAAAGACGAUCAACGAAAAAAAAAAGUUUUCUGAUCAUUCACGUACUGUGAAUUCUGAAAUUUGUGAUGAAAGAACUGUCUCAAAUAAAAAGGUACUCAGUUAUUCUGACACACAGGAAGAAUCUGCACACUAUUCUCAAAAACCACAGCAACGAUCACAGCCCUCGCCUUCAAGCACUACAAAUAAAACAGGAUCUUAUGAUGACUUAUCAGAAUCUUUGAGCUCAAAGGAACGCAAGGACUCAGAGAAAUUAACUUUUAGAAGAAAAGAGCGUUUUUCGGCUACUCCCUUCGGUAGACCCCUCCAAUCGCGAAACAGACCCAUUCCAAUGACGUUUCCUCGCUCAAAGUCAUCAUUGGACUUUUCUGAUCAUGUAGCAACUUCACGAAGAAAUUCUGAUCAGUCAGUUGACUUUUCCAAAUAUUUGCGUAACUUGACAUCAGCGUUAGGCCAGGUACAAGGACUACUGGUUAAAGUUCAUGACGGCCAGCAAGGGAUCAAGGAUUUAUUGGCUGAUCCUCGGAAUGUCCGGGGAGAGUACCAACCAAUUGCCACAUUGAAAGAUUACUAUUGUGAGGAUAUCAACAAAUUCCAGCAGUUCAAUAAAAAAUUGGAAGAAGAACGUGAUUUUCGUGAAAAAAUUGGAAGAUUUUACAUGUUUCUUUUUGAUGGCCUCUGCAAAAAUUUCAAGGUUUUCAAUUUAUGUGUAUUUUUCAGUCCAUUGCGAUGGUCAGUAAGCUUAAUUCAAAAUAUUCAUUGACCAAAAAUAUUGGCUAUAUGCUGAAGCCCCUAAUACCCAAAGAGGUCCGAUUGAAUUAUGUUUCGCGAAAGAAAACAAAAGACAAAAGUGUAUUCAGUGAACUAUCUAUCUGGUGUUGCAUCGCAGAGGCCUUUCAGCGGGAAGCCAAAACCAAGAAGAUUGCAGCAUACAAAGAAGCAAACCUCAUCCAAGCUUUGGGAGGAACGAUAAACAACUGCCGCUCAUGGGGAAAAGCGAAUAAAACGGGCGAUGG